AUGACAAGCUUGGAUCCUAUGAAUGUUAUGGGUUUAGCUCAGCCGAGUUACGAACUCAUGUGUCCCCUGCCUUUUAUAAUUCUAGGUGGAGUACCAGACAACGUCCUAUCAGGCCUCCAACAAAGUGUAUUGAGAUUAAAAAGACAGGGAUUGGCUAACACUACGAAAGGCACAUACCGGACACAUUUGAAAACGUUUCUAACAUUUUGUGUAACUUAUAAUGUGAACCCGGUCCCCAUCUCACCAGAUAAUGUUGAACUCUACAUAGCCUAUCUGGUUGACUUCAAGUGUUUUGCUUAUAGCUCAUAUUAUGAUCCGAUAUCUCAGACCUGGUCAAUCAAACACAUGUUGACGGGGGUCAAACGUGAACUUGGCACCGCUCAAUCCUGCAAGUCCCCGGUAACACCAAAAAUUCUACUUAGUAUUCGUUCGUCCUUGGAUUUAUCUGUACAUAACAAUCAGUGUUUUUGGGCUGCUUGCCUCUUGGGUUUCUUUGGCUUUUUGCGGCCUAAUAACUUUUUAGUUAAGGGAUUGUUUGAUCCAGAUACACACAUCAGACGCAUGGACGUAAUUGUCCAUUCCAUGGGGUACCCUCAUAUCUCUUAGAGUUUUAAAAACGUUACAGUUUCGGUCAAAACCAAUUAUUAUUAUCUUACCCAACUUACCAAACCAUCCUUUAUGUCCCACGUCUGCACUUAUCCAAGUCUUGUCAGUGCCUGGCGCCCCAACUUCACCCUUGUUUACACUACAUGAUGGUCGUUGCCUUACUUAUGUAAUUUUUCUUCGAGCAUUCCGUCUAGCUUUGCGUGCUAUGGGUAUGGAUUCCUCGCUUUUUGGGGGCCACUCUUUUCGUCGCGGAGCAGCGUCCUGGGGCUUUUCGGUUCGAUGGGCCUCAGAGAUACUGACAUACAACGUCUAGGUUUUUGGUCUAGUGAUUGCUACAAGCGCUAUGUCGACUCCGAUUUCUCUCAGCGCUUGCAGGCAACUCUCUUAUUUGCUAAUUCGCUGCCUAAAUAAGCUACUUGUCACACCAAACUUUCACCUACACACACUACACCCCGAAUCCUCUUCUCUUUUGGGUUUGGGAGUUCAUAUGUAUGUAUAUAUGUUACAAUAUUAAUGAACAAUGUAUUACGUUGUAUUACUUUGUAUGUUUUUAAAGUUAUGCUUGCUUCGUUCUGUAAUAAAAUUCUGCCAAUGUCAAAAUAUGUAUUCUUCAGUAGCAUGCACUUUGAGAAAGGUCAUAGGGGUAAAUUAAAGAUUUCUUAGAAAUCUGUUUUUAGAACUGACAUUGAACUUGGCCUGCUUCAUUACCAACUAACGUCCUUGGUCUUAGUCUCAAUGUGAAUGUCCUCGCCUGACUAGUCGACGCUUGCCUUUUUGCCUAAUUCUUAACGCAGUUGUUAUUUUCAUUUCCCAACCUCCCUCCCAGUAGCAUUACUAAGGGCUGUGUGUUUUCAUAAUUAUAAACUUUGCUUGUAAUAUUGAUAUGUCAUCGCGAGUUCAUAUGUAUGUAUAUAUGUUACAAUAUUAAUGAACAAUGUAUUACGUUGUAUUACUUUGUAUGUUUUUAAAGUUAUGCUUGCUUCGUUCUGUAAUAAAAUUCUGCCAAUGUCAAAAUAUGUAUUCUUCAGUAGCAUGCACUUUGAGAAAGGUCAUAGGGGUAAAACUAGCCUUCGAUGUUGGCUGGAUUAGAUUCCUAUAUGCCGCUAACGGUCAUUGAUAAUUAAAUCAGAAAAAGUGGAUA